GGUAUGACCCGUCGUGUGCUUCUUCUGUCUGCCUCAGUACUCCUAGCCACGGCCGGCUACGCACCAGAGCCCUACUACAACAAAUACGGGGGCUACCACAAGGCUUUGGACAAGAAGCACGGCGGUUAUGAAGCCGAUCAAACCGGUUACGGUGGACACAACGGAAUGUCGGAUUACGGUAAUGAGCAGGGAGCCUACGGACAUUAUGAUGGGAAGUAUGGAGAAGCUGGGAAAAAGUCUGGACAGGAGUACUAUGCCAAGGGGGAUGAGCAUGGACAUGGAGAUGAGGCUCAUGAAAAGGGACUGAAGAAGAAUGGAGACGCCUAUGGUGGAAAGAAGUUCUCCUACUUCACAUCUGGCUCCGGACCAUAUGGAUCAUACCAAAAGGGUUACUAUGGCUCCGAUGGAUAUGAGCAUGACGAUCACAAGAGCAAAUACUCAUCCCAUAACGAGGAUAAUGGGUUCAAGAAGGGUUAUGAUGGUGCUGGAGCUGGUCAUGAUGAUAAGUACACUAGCUAUGAUAAGGAAGACGCCGGCCACAAGAAACACCACGACAAGUACGACAUCGGAAAGUACGGAGCCAAGCAGGGAGGCUAUGCUAAACAAGGACACGAGGAGGGAUGGAAGAACGAGGCCCAGAAAAAUAGUUAUGGAUCCCGUGAAAAUGGACAAGAAUAUGGACAUCCAUACUAUUAAUCGGUUUUUUCUCGACAUUUGUUCCCUUGACUCAAUGAUUUUGCCCAAAUUCCCUCCUAUCAUUUUUUGACCACUUUUUUCCAAAUAAAUCUUAGUUAGUUUAAAAAU